AUGACGACCUUGAUGCGCCUGAAGACUCCAUUCCAGGCCCGGUCCCCAAUUACAGCUCUUUCUGCAGCGCGCACCCAAACAUCUCGCACCUCCCUAUACCGAAGCUUUGCGACCAAAUCCUCAAAUGACCCCGAGCAAGCCACAACCACAACCCCCCAGCCAGACUCAUCCAACCGCCCAAUCCCUUCCAAUAGAGCAAAGCCUACCCUCAACGAGGGAGAGCAGUCGCCUCUUGUAGACCGAGAGGGGAACCCGAAAAAGGAUCUUCCCCAGGAUGUGAAGGAGCACAACCGGGAUAUGGAGGAGCGGUAUGAUAAGCCAUAUAACUCUACUGGCGACAAUGGCACGGUUAAACCUGCUUUCAAGAGCUAG